AUGUAUUAAUAAUAAUUUGCUAAACCAACUAAGCAGAUUAAGAGUAAAGCUUUUAAAGAUAGACUUAAAGGUCAUAAAGAUGCUAUCAUUACUUUGAUUAGUCCCUAUGGAAUUAAUGGAAAUUACUUAUACUCUGCUUCUCGAGAUGGAAAUGUCAAAAGUAUCUAUAUAACUACUUAGGUUGGGAUCUAUUAAAUAGAUAAAUUGCAUCUAAAUUUCUUAUUUCCAAAAUUUCAGAUGAUACUACAGUCUAAGAUCAAGAUGAAAAUUAGUAAACCAUGAAGGGAAAUAUCAUAUGUGCUGCAACAUUUUCAGAAUCCGAUAUAUAUGUUGGGUAUGAUGAUGGUUUUAUUAAAUCAAAUAAUAUCAAAACUGGAGAAUCUGUAUAUUCUUAUCAAGGACAUAAAGCUUAAGUCACAUCAAUUCAUUUCUUAAAUAUUAGACAAUUUGCAUCUAGUUCUCUUGACGGGACUGUUAGAUUAUGGGAUUCAACAAGCAAUGAAUGUGAAGUUAUCUUUAAUAUUGGAUAUCCAAUCAAUACAAUGAAUGUAAUUUUUGAUAAAGAAAUCAACUUAUUAUAUGGUAAAAAUACUAUCGUCCAAGUUGAUCCAUACAAAUAAUCUAUUCUUAGAAGUGUUCAAUUUCCUAAUUUUACAAUUAUGUCAUACCUUAUACAUAAAACCUUAUUGAUUCUUGGAACUAUUGAUAAUUUUAUACAUCUUUAUGAACUCUAAUCACUAGAUCAACCAAGUCCAUAACCUAUCAAAGUAAUCGUUGGUCUACAUGGAUGGGCUUUAUGUAUGUUGGUUCAUGAUCCAUAUCUAUAUAUUGGAACUGAUGAUAAAAAAAUCAAAGUUUAUGAAAUGAAAAACUGGGAAUUAAAAGAAGAAUUCUCAGGACACAUUGAUGGAGUUACCACUCUUGCUCUUGCUAAUGGCCUUUUAUAUUCCGGAUCAUAUGAUCAUCUAAUCAGAUCUUGGGAUCUAUAAGAAAUGUAUUAAAGAAUUAGGGAAAGAGCCAUCAUGGAAAAGGAGGAUUUAAAUGUAACUAAUACUUUUUUAUAUCUUUAGAGUAGAAGAUAUGAUGUUUAUUUAAAGAGUUUACCUAAAAAGAAAAAAGCACCACCCAAAAAAAAAAAAUGA